CGCGCCUCGACGCAUGGUGGCUGACAGCUAAAUAAUAAUUAUUAAUAAUUAAUAUUAGUUUCCAAAAUGUGGAUCAUUUUGUGCCUGAUGCUGCAGCUGGUGAUAGUAAGUGGGAAAGAGCUUACAGAUGAGGAGUACUACCGGAUGCCUCGCGUGUUCCACCUGGACGACUACGAGGCCUGCCUGUCGCGGCGCGGUGGCCUGUACUGCCUCGGCGCCUUCCGCCUCGCGCCGCGUAGCGCUGGCGACCCCGUUUACGACUUGAUGCUGGAGUACUCGAAGAUCCCGCAGAACUUCAACCGCACUCUGGUUCGUCGCGGCUACUGCGUGAGCUCACGCUGCCCGCUGGAGGAUCCUUCUGAUCGCAACAACAGCUGGCGCUUCGAGCGCUGCGUGGCGCGCUGGGCGCAGGCGCAGGGCUUCCAUUCCACCCCGCACUCUAUUGAGUACUGCCGCACCACGGAGCAGAGACAAGCCAGGGCCUCCAGCGAGGUGGACACCCCAGUGAUCAUAUUCACUGCGGUGGUCCUCUGUGUUCUGUUCUUGAAUGUAGUCGGCACUGUCUAUGACCUGAACACGCCUGAUAGUGAGAAAAAGAGCCCACUGCUGAUGGCGUGGUCUGCGCGCAGCAACUGGCGGCGCCUCACCGACUGCACCGAGCGCGCGCCCGACCUCGCGCCGCUUUCAGGAGUCAGGGUGGUGGUGAUCCUGCUGGUCAUCAACCUGCACGGCGCGGUGUUCUACUACAUGUCCUACACCUACAACACGAGGAGCUUAGAACAUAUGAUGCGGACGCCGGUGGUGGAGCCGGUGCGCAACGGCACGUCGCUGGUGGAGAUGUUCGUGCUGCUGUCCAACUUCUUGCUCGCUCACCAGCUGCUGCGGCAGGCGCGGACUCACAGCGUCGGCCUCAGGCUGCUGCCCAAGAUCUGGCUGGCCCGGUUCAUCAGGUACAGUGCUGGGUCAACUUCCUGCUCGCGCACCAGCUGCUGCGGCAGGCGCGGACUCACAGCGUCGGUACAGUGCUGGGUCAACUUCCUGCUCGCGCACCAGCUGCUGCGGCAGGCGCGGACUCACAGCGUCGGCCUCAGGCUGCUGCCCAAGAUCUGGCUGGCCCGGUUCAUCAGACUGUCAGCCCUGCACCUUCUGGCGGUGGGCUUCGCGGCGACGUACUGGGCGCGGCUGGGCGACGGGCCAGUGUGGCACGCGGUGGAAACGUCAGCGAGGGUCUGCCGCCGCAAGUUCUGGGCGCACCUGCUGCUGCUGCAGAACCUGGUCGACCCCUACAACCAGUGCAUGCCGCAGACUUGGUUCGUAGCUGUAGAUAUGCAGCUGUUCCUGCUGACAAGUGUUCUGGCGCUGCUGCUGCUACCGCGGCGGCGCUGGGCGCUGCCGGUGCUUGGGACCCUGCUGGUGGCGUCUGUUGCCGCCAACGGCUACUUCGCCUACCUGUUCGGCUGGAAGACGCUGUACUUCGAGUUGACGGCCGAGAACGCGCACGCGCAGUUUGUGGGCGUGGCGUCGUUCGCGCACUACUACGCGGCGCCGUGGGGCAGCCUGCCCGCCGCGCUGCUGGGGCUCGGCCUGGCCUUCCUGCAGGCCCGGCUACAAGAGAAGGGGUUCCACAUCCACCACCAUAAGUGGCUGACGUGUCUGUACCGCUACAGCGUGCCGCUGAUCGUCGCCUACAUGGCGUCGGGCGCCGCCGCCCACCACAUCACCUCUAAACUCGGUAUCGCCAUCUACGUAGCGCUGGAGAGACCUAUCUUCAGUCUGCUGUGCGCGCUGCUUCUCUUCGGACUCGUCAAUAAUAUCGACAACACGUUCCGUCGCGUGCUGUCGUGGCGCGGGUUCGCGGUGGCAGGGCGCGUGACGCUGGCCGCGCUGCUGCUGCACUGGCCGCUGGAGCUCGGCCUGCAAGCCCGCUCACAGGUGCCGCUCAGCUACUCGCACUACGGCUUUCUGUACGGGUUCGUGUCGACAUCCGUCUUAACGUACGCGCUGUGCAUACCCAUCACUGUUCUGUUCGAGACGCCUUUCCAGCGGAUGCUGACUGCGAUGUUUUAGAGAAUACACUGUAGACUUAGACAAAGUAACUCGGUUUUAUAUGGGUACAUAACUAAUUUUAUAGAUUUGUAGUUUGUAUAGCCAUAAUUAUGUUGAAAUGUUAAUUAUGUCACAGUAGUUAAUU